AUGCCAGUGCCUAGUACCGGCGACCCUCCCCCGCCCCGGGCCGUCCCCAGGAGUAAGGUGAGGCUGGACCCGGGGGAGCGGAAGCGCGGCUUGGCAGGGCGGGAUGGCGCACUCCAGCGGGAGCCGCCGAGAGCUCGCCUCCCUCUCCCGCCCGGCGCCUCGGGAGGUAAGUGCGGUCCGCCGAACCGGAAUCCGGGCCCGGGGAGGCGGCCUCCGGGCGGCCCCGCUCUCGGGGAGCUCGAGCCGGGGGUCGUGGUGGCCGGGCGGCGCGCAAGUUUGAAGGCCUCGGAGGGCAGCUGGAGCGGCGAGCGCCUGGGAGGGGACGGCGGGGCGCCCGCGGACUGGGGCCGUCUGGGGGCAGCUGUCCCGGGCGGUGAUGCCCGGGAGGCACCGGCGCCCCGCGCACGCUCCAGCCUCGGCCCCGCGCCCCGCUCACUUGGCGCGCUCCGGCCGCACCCCCAGCUAGCCCAACCCGCGGGAGCCGCCACCCGGCUCCGCGCCUUGCCGCCCGCUCGGGGCCCCGGCAGCCCGCUCGCCCCGCGGUCGCGCCCGGUCACGCCGGCAGGUCACGCUCGGCGGCCGGCCAAGCCCGCCCCCAGACCCGCCGCGCCCGCGCCCGCGCCCCAGGCCACCCCGCCCGGCCUCUCGGCGCUGCGCCCCUCGCCUUCCCCAGCUCCAGUCGCUCGCUAUUUUCACACCUCCCGGUGCCCCGGCCCCGGCGCCUGA